AGACAAGCCUGUAACUUGACAAAAUUGCCCUUCCAUCCUCAUGGUCAUGGCGGGGCCUCUCUAUAAAUGCGGCCCUUUCCCUGCUUUUCUCCUCUCCGGUGACGACUACGAGUCAUUGAGGAUUGGCUUGCCGGUGGACUCUCAACUCACCAUGGGUGAGAAGAAGGCGAAGAAAGACGAGGGCGAGAAGGCGAAGAGCGAUGAUAGCAAUGGAAUCACAGUGGUCUUGAAGACCGAGAUGCAUUGCGAGGGCUGUGCCACUAAGAUACUGAAAUGCGUCAGGACCAUCGAAGGAGUGGAGAAGGCGAAGGCGGAGUGGGAGUCGAACAAGCUGACGGUGAAGGGGGAUGUGGACCCGGCGGAGCUGAGGGAGGAGCUGCAGGAGAGGCUCAACAAGAAGGUGGAGCUCGUCUCCCCUUCUCAGCUGCCCAAGAAAGACAAGGAUGGGGGUAAUGGUAACAGCGGCAAAAAAUCAGACAGCAACAAAGACAACAAGAAGAAGGACGACAACAAAAGCGGCAGCAAGGACAACAAGAAGAAGGCCGACGAGAAAAAGGCCAAAGAGAAGGAGGCUCCGGUUACGACGGCGGUUCUGAAGCUGAGGCUCCAUUGCGAGGGUUGCAUUGUCAAGAUCGGCAAAACUGCCUUAAAAACCAAAGGGGUUGCGAGCAUUGCCAUAGACAAGGCGAAGGAGUUGGUGACUGUGACGGGCACGAUGGACGUGAAGGCCUUAGCUGAGAGCCUGGAGGAGAAGAUGAAGAGAUCCGUCCAGAUUGUCAGCCCGAAAAAGGACAAAGAUGGUGGCGGCGGCGGUGAAGGAAACAACAAUGGCGGAGGAGGCGGAGGCGGAGGCGGGAAGAAGAAUAAGAAGCAAGACGGCGGAGGAGACGAUGGCGAUGAUCACGCGGAGAAUGACGGUGGAAUGUUUCACGUGAACGGGAUGGAGUACGUUGGCCCGCUGAUGCCGAGCUAUGGCCCUGUAGCAUAUGGCCCGGGGUAUAUGUAUGGGGCUGCUGCUGGAUCAGGGCCAGGGUACGGUUAUCCCUACCCUAACCCGUUUGCAUAUGGUAACAAUCUGCACGCGCCCCAGAUGUUCAGUGACGAGAACCCGAACGCAUGCUCGGUCAUGUGAUGGUGAUUGGAGUGAGUCAGCACGAAUGGAUUAUCAUCAUGUUAGAAAAAGAUCAAUCGAAUUGUAAAUAGGGAGAGGAAAAUUUUGUGGGGGUGGUGGGCCGAAUGUUGACUUUUGUUAAGACUUAUAGGAGGUGGUUCUGUUUAAAUGGUGAAGAAUGGUCGGUGGCACAUUAUAAUUCUAUCUCUGCUAGUGAAAUAUAUGUAUGAUUUUAUAUAUGGUUGGUUGGUAAGCAUUUUGGAAUAUUAUUGAUGAUAUAUAUGAUGAUUAGAGAGGAUUGUUCUUUUGAAUGAA